UAUUCUAUGACGGUCGCGUUAAUACUUCGAAUAAUAAAAUGGCAAAUCAUUCAAACACAUCUGUGUUAAUUAUAGUAAAGAUUUAUUUUGCAUUAAUUAUUUUCUCUAACCUAUUACAAGUGAUGUCAUAUAAUUCUUUUAGACCGUACAAGAGACGACAUGGUAAUGAAACUUUGACUCCAAUCGAUAUCCGUACCCGUAAUUUGUUCAAAAUAAUAGACGAUCUACCGCAAAAUUAUCUUUUCCAUACAACAUCAUGCGCUGUGAUGGAACAAGAAUUGCCAGAUUUCAGAGCACCAAAUCGACGUAUUAGUGAAGUUAAAUGUCUUGAACAUUUAUGGAGAAUGCGAUUUUACGAUCAACUGCUUUUAAAAAAAGUAAGAUGUAAAUCUGGUGUGGAAAAUGCAUAUGUCAGUUUCGCAAUUUACAGGGGUAAAGAAGUGUCAACUGGAAAAUUUGCUCAUACAGGAGCUAUCGGCUGGCAGUCAGUCGGGCCGGUCUGGAUAUUUUUGUGUGGUGCUGUGAUGAUAAGUGACAAGUUCUUCUUGACCGCCGCGCACUGCUCGACUGCACACCACAAUAGAGUUAUCAAUCCAUCGCCUAAAAUAAUAAGACUCGGAGACAAAUAUAUUUUGGACUCGGAUGAUUACGAGAAAAGACCAACAGAUGUUUUUAUAAAGAGCAUUAUAGUACCUGACAAUUACCGUCCACCAUCAAAAAAUUAUGACAUAGCACUAAUUGAGGUAGAAGAUAUAAUUCCAUUUAAAGCUUUUACUAAUCCGUCUUGUAUUUGGCCAUAUGAAGGGGACGUAUUAUUUGGAAAAGGCUAUGAAUCUGGAUGGGGUGUCGUGGAAUCAGAUUCGGAUCAUCAACCAGAAUAUCAGAUAGACGACGUCGAAGUAAUAAAUACGAAUGUGUGCAGUGAAAAAUUAAAGGAAAUAUUACACGUUGAUUCAAUACAACUACCUCAUCAAAUCUGUGCAAAUUAUUUUAACGCCAACGAUACGUGUAAGGGUGACUCUGGAGGUCCUUUAAUGAUGCCCAUUAUUAAUCCAUAUUAUUCCGACUUUACAAUUCACUAUAUAGUGGCCAUACAGUCUGAGAACUUUGGUUGUGACUCCAUUGACAACCCCAAUAUAUAUACAAAAGUUUCAAGCUUUGUCAAUUGGAUAGAAGAUAUAGUUUGGCCCGAAGACCAUUACGUAAAGGAAAUUUUAUCAGAAAAUGAAUUCGCAAAAAUAUAUGAAAGACUGUAGGUCUUGUUAUAUAUA